AUGACCAAGGCCUGGAAAGAGCACCGCGACGUCAUCACGAGGCUCUACAUACACGAGAGCCGGACCUUGGAGGAUGUCAGGGAUAUUAUGCAGAAGCAGUAUAACUUCAAGGCAUCAACCAGAUCCUACCGCCAGCAGUUCGACAAGUGGCACCUGAGCAAGUAUAACUGCAAGAAGCGCAACAGCCGUCGCCAGGUCCAACACGCAAACGGUUAUGGCCAGCAGCAGCAUCAGCACCAACAGCUCCAGCACACCGGGACCAGCCCGGACUUGAACGGCCUGAGCCUCACCGACGAGGGCCCCAACAGUCCCCAGAGCGUCGGGAGCGGUAGCCCGGAACAUGACGCCGGCACCGAAUACUACGCUCCCAUGCCCCAGACCUACUCCUCAUCCUCGUACCCACACCACGCCGUGCCGGCGCCGACGCCGACGUCGCUGGAGCACUACCACUGGGACCCGCAGGAACGGUACCCGCAGGACAGAUAUCAACAGCCCGGCUGGAGGGGCAUUCCCGACAUCGACGCUCUUUUGAUCUCGCAGUCUGAUCCCAUGGACCCGAUGGCUUCCCAGCAGGGCCACGCACAUCAGGGCUAUCCCGUUCAUCAUCCGGACGAGCAGGAACAGCAGCAGCAGCAGGAGCAGAGCGUGCCCCCACGCGGCCGGAUCGCGUCUGCCCCUGAUAAUCGCUUCAGCCCGUACUACCCCGGCGUCGAUUGCAGGUUCCGUUCCGGCGGGUCUGGAGGGUACCGUCGUCAGUCUGAGUAG